ACGUGUCCAUGCCAACAAGCAGGAUCAGGUGCUCUGCAGAUGAGACGAUCAAGCAAUAAUAUAAGAAAUGCGUCCACUAGACGAGUUCAUUGCAGAUAGCAGCGAGCCACUGAAAAGUCUGCAAGCAGGCACUAGGUUAACGUGAACAGCGUAAGCCAGAAAUGAUGCGACAGUGGGAAUUGAUAUACGAAGUGUUAUUUGCUUUUGUCGUCUUACCUGUCUCUAUCAGAGGUAGCGCUGAAAUUUCCUACAACAAUCCUGCGCUCGGAAUCUACCAAAAUGAGGGGGCAUGCUUCCCGCUGAAAGAAAAAUGGUAUAUAAUGUACAGGAACUUCAAGGAGGACCCAUAUUUCGGAGAGAGUGGAAAGUGCAUCACCAUCUUUGCGACAGGUCCAUUUCAGAACAAUUAUGGUACUUUCGAAGUGGACGUUGAUGAUGACGUCAAAGUAAGCGUGACAGCGACUCUGAUGUCUUCUCCCGGAUACACGGUGAAGAAUGUGAUACAUGUGGAUCCUACUGACGUCCCUGGGAUAAGCUUCAACAUAACCUCGGUGUACACAGACUGCGGCAAUUGCAAAGUGGUCCUUCACAGCUACAUUGAUGGAGGAUGCAGCCUAUGGCAGCCCGAGAGUACUCUUGGCCAAGAUGUGAAAUGCUGUCAGUUCAUCUACGACUUGGUGUGCGGACCAAAGUAUCCACUUUGCGAAGAAGUAUAAAUAAACAGGAGUGCUUCUAUA